CAUUAAUUUAACCUUGCUUGUCUCUUAAGUUUGACUAAAUUAUACAUUGAACUUGACCAAUUAAACUAUAGGCAAGAUCACAAGAACGUGUGCAAGACACAAUUUAACCCCAAAAAAUAUUCCUUUUUUGGCUUAAAAAACAAGAAAAAGGGAAAUUAAUUCCAUUAAUGGUUAAAGAUAAGUUAAAAAACUAUACCAAAAAUCAGUUUAAGAUAGAAAUUCUUGUACUUGUGCAAAGCACAAAUCUUCUAUCCUUGUUUAUUCUUGUUUGAUCCAUCAUCUAUCAUGUGAUCAAGAGACAAGAAUAAACACAAAGAAAGAAUCUUUAAUAUAGUAACUAUUUCUUCAGUUGUUUAUCAAAUUCUUUCUGUAAUAAAAAUCUAAGCUUUAUCCAUUUUAAAUACACUAACUUAGUUGGGAUUGAAUCAUUGAAGCUAACAAAACAAAUUGGGUAUUGUAGAACAAAUUAGAAAUGGAUCAAUGGCAAAGUAAAAAACUUUGCCCACCUGGUGGAUCCCAAAGUUCCCUGCUUGAUUCCAGGCAAAGGCCAGAAGAAGUGAAGGACCCUAUUGCUGUGCGGAAGGUUCAGAAGGCUGACCGGGAAAAAUUGAGGAGGGAUCGACUAAACGAGCAGUUUCUCGAGCUUGGAAAUGCUCUAGAUCCAGACCGACCCAAGAAUGACAAGGCAACUAUCUUGACGGAUACCAUCCAACUAUUAAGAGAAUUGAAUGCUGAGGUCAACCAUCUCAAAGCCGAAUAUUCUUCUCUCUCGGAGGAAUCACGAGAGCUGACCCAGGAAAAAAAUGAGCUUAGAGAAGAGAAGGCGUCUCUGAAAUCCGAUAUUGAUAACCUCAAUGCUCAGUAUCAGCAGAGAUUAAGGGUUGUAUUCCCUUGGGGAGCCGUUGAACCGUCUGUAGUCAUUGCCCCACCUUACUCAUACCCGCUUCCCGUGGCAGUUCCUCCUGGCCCGAUUCCCAUGCAGCCUUACCCUUUUUUCGGAAGCCAAAAUACUAGUACGAUUCCUACUCAUCCAGCUUAUAUGUACCCAACUCCGCCAAAUCCACAUGUUGAGCAACAGCCUAUUCAGCCCGCAUCUACGAAUGUUCUGAACAAACCAGAUUCUCAAAGCAAAGCUUUUGACAGCAAAAAAUCCCGACAUCAUGAGAGAACUGACGACUCCAGUGAUGUCGCGACAGAGUUGGAACUCAAGACGCCUGGUUGUGGGCGACAGCAGGAAUCUGAUAGAAAAGGCAAGCAAUCACAAAAAAAGGAAAAGACUUCUAUCGACGAAGGCUCUGCAAGCAGAUUUUCUUCCUGUCAGGGUCCUCAAGAGAGUUCCUCAAAUAGUGUAAGUCACAUUCCAAGAUCUGACCAGUGAAGCAAUUAACAUUCCUUCAUACAUCUCAAGGUAGUCUCUCGAUUUAACGUCUGAUUGGUCUUGUGCAAGAUAUCGGAAACUUAAAAGUGUAAUUAGGUUCUGACUUAGCUCAAUCUAAUGGUUAAGCGAGGCGUGUUUGAUGGAAAUGAUGGGUCAUUGUUGUCAUCUGUAAAUGUGAAAGUAAUAGUUGGGGAACGGAAUUUGGAGCUACGCGAUGAAAUGGAUACCUGUAAUAUUCAAAGGAAAUAUAUAUAUGUUUUGUGAUUUUUGUCAGAAAA